CAUGCCGACCACCACUUUGAUACCCACAGUCUCAUGACUCGGCUCGAGUCGUCAGGUAUGCCGAGGUCGCAAGCGGACGCUCUGGUGGCUGCGCUGAACGACGUCGUCUCCGAAAGUCUGAGGCAACUGGAGAAGGGAUGCGUGGGCAGGGAAGAAGGGGAGAAGUGGCGGUAUGCCCAGAAGGUCGACUUUGCCCGCUUGAAGUCGGAGAUUCAGCUCUUAGAACGCAACGACUUUGCAAUGAUGAAGACGGAGAACGAGCGUCUGAUGGCCGAUGUAGAGAAGCUCAAGCAGCGUCUGCGCGAGGAAGUCACUCGAACCACGGCUGGGGUGCGGCUGGAUCUGAACCUCGAAAAGGGAAGGAUUAGGGAUGAGAGCAGCGUACACGCCUUGAAGAUCAAGGAGGUGGACACGAGGAUCGAGAGUGAGAUUGCUGGACUGAGGACAAGCAUUCAGAGUGCCAAAUUCAACGUCUUGCAAUACCUCGUCGGUGUAGCCACGGGUGCUGGAGCUCUGUUGCUUGCCUUUAUGCGUUUU